ACUGGGCCCUGAGCGUGUCUUUCCCGCGAAGAAGACGCCCCUCCCUCCCGUCUUCUAGCCGCUGAGUAGCAGCUGGUUGUUGGGUUAUGGUGUGCGUUUAGGAACGGUUUAUUUUUAAGCCAUGGCUAAGCAAAGUUCAAUUUUUAAUUUCUUUACCAAGUCUCCUCCACCGGUCUCCAAGCCGAAACCCAGUCCUUCUCCGACCGAGGCGGACCUGCCGUCCUCCAUCCACAAGAAGAAUUCCUCUCCGAAAGAAGAGGCCAAAAACAUUCUGACGCCGCAACAGACCAACAAACCCGUCAAAGUCAAACCAAAAAGUAGUUCCAAGUCUUCCAAAGGUGGAUUCAAGAAGCUGUUUGGCAACAAGGCCUCAGAAACCAAAGAAAGUUCUUCAUGCACAUUCAGUGCUGGCGCCAUCGUGUGGGCAAAACUGGAAGGACACCCAUGGUGGCCAUGCAUGGUGGUUCCUCAGCCGCUCAGUGGAAAGCAGAUGAGAGGCUGUGGACGAGACCAGCGCAUCCAUGUCCACUUCUUUGAUGAACCUCCUACUAGGGGAUGGGUCAGCACCAAAUACAUUCGUGAAUACCAAGGCUCUGACAGUAGCGAUGCUAAAAUGGGAGGAUUGUUCUUCAGUGGGAAACCUGUAAUUCAACGUGCAAUGGAGCUCGCUGACCGUGUUUUGUUUGACAGCCCAAACAAAAGGUUACAGUUACCUUGCUGCAUGGAUCCAUCAGAUGAAGAAGAUGAUGAAGACAUGGAGCUUGACAAGUCAACUGUGACCGAUGAAGACGUUGGUGAUGAGACUGAAGAGAUGGAUGAGGAUGUUAAGCCAUCUGUAGUCAGUCGACGUUCUUCCCAUGCUCCAAAGGAAGAGAAAAAUAAGGCCAAGCGGCGUCGCAUUAUUGUCGCUUCGGACAGUGAUGGGUCAGACGACGAGUUUAAACCAGAACAUGCUUCAUCCAGUAGUGAAGAUGAAGAGGAAGAAGGGGUAAAUAGUGAUGAUGAAAAGGAGAGCACAGAAGAGUCAGAAGAAGAAAGCCCCAUCAAGCCUGUGAAGCGCAAACGUCCUGCAGAAAAGUCUGGAAUCCCAAAGGCCAGAGUAUCCAACACCCCUUUGUCGGCACCGAAACGAGCUCCAGCUGCUGUUACGGCUGACACCAAGUCUCGACUUUCAGCUUUCUCUGCUCCCGAGAGCUUUGAGAGCCAGACAUCCGGCUCAGGUGCCACUGGUGGUGCCACAAUUUGGGACCAUGAGAAGCUGGAAUGGUUGCAAGAUGGCAAGAGGAAAGACGGUCGAAGGCGACGCCAGACAGAUGAUGACUAUGAUCCUUCUACUUUGUAUGUACCUGAAGAUUUCAUUAACAGAGUCACUCCUGGCAUGCGUCGAUGGUGGCAGCUGAAAUCAGAGAUGUUUGAUACGGUAAUUUUCUACAAAGUGGGAAAGUUCUAUGAGCUCUACCACAUGGAUGCUGUGACUGGAGUCAGUGAAUUGGGCCUAACUUUUAUGAAAGGCACGUGGGCACAUUCAGGCUUUCCAGAGAUCGGCUUUGGUCGUUUUUCAGAUGUCCUGGUUCAGAAAGGCUACAAAGUGGCUCGAGUGGAGCAGACAGAAACACCUGAGAUGAUGGAGGCGCGCUGUAGACCAUCUAAAGCCACUAAAUUUGAUCGUGUGGUGAAGAAGAGAGAGGUGUGCAGGAUUAUCACCCGUGGGACCCAAACCUACAGUGUGCUGGACGGUGCGUCGUCCGAGAGUCAGAGCAAGUUCCUGCUGAGUUUAAAGGAGAAAGCUGCAGAGGAAAGCUCCGGUCGUUGCCGCACAUAUGGGGUGUGCUUUGUAGAUACGUCUGUGGGUUACUUCCACAUAGGUCAAUUCCGAGAAGACCGUUCAUGAUCACGUUUGCGCACUCUGAUCGCACACUUUGCCCCAGCGGAGGUGCUGUUUGAAAAGGGGAACCUCGUGGAAACACGCAAAAUCCUCAAAGCUUCUCUCUCUGCUGCCAUGCAGGAAGGCUUGAAUGCAGGCAGCCAGUUCUGGGAUGCCCAGAAGACUCUUAAAACCCUUUCAGAAGAGAAUUACUUCAGAGACACGACUACCGAGGAUCAAGAGAUGUGGAAUAGUCUUCUUUCCUGUUCUUCUAAAAAGAUGACUUCUGAGAGUGAUUCAUUAUGUCACCCUAAGGAGGGCUACGAGCUGGCACUGUCAGCAUUGGGUGGAUGCAUUUUCUACUUGAAGAAGUGCUUGGUACACCCCCCCCCUGAGCUUCUGUCUUUGGCCAACUUUGAGAAUAUGUUCCCUGAUGUGGAGCUGGAGAGAAAGCAGCAGGGUCCAGCCAGUUUUUUUGCUCAGACUCGCCAGCGCAUGGUUUUGGAUGGAGUGACUCUUGCAAACUUAGAAUAUUCCAGAAUGGGUCAGGCGGGUUCAGAAGGGACACUGUUUAGAGCGUUUAGACACCUGCUGUACUCCAUUGGCAAGAGGCUCCUCAAACAGUGGGUCUGUGCCCCUCUGUGUAACCCUACAUCUAUUGGGGACAGACUGGAUGGGGAGGAUCUGAUGGGGAUUCAGGCCCAGGCUACUGAGGUUUCGGAACUGCUGAAGAAGCUCCCGGAUUUGGAGCGUCUUUUGAGUAAAAUCCACAGCAUUGGCACUCCUCUGAAGGGCCAGGACCACCCUGACAGCAGAGCAGUUCUCUACGAGGAGGUCACCUACAGCAAACGCAAGAUAGCAGACUUCCUUUCAGCGCUGGAAGGGUUCAAAACUAUGCAAGAGGUCAUUUCUGUCCUUGCUCCAGUUUCAGGUGACUUUCGCUCCACAUUGCUCUGUCAAGUGGUCACUCUGAAAGAUGAAAGAAUGGCCUCUUUCCAACUUUCUGCUGAACUCACACGUUGGGAGACGGCCUUCGACCACCAGAAAGCUCGUACAACUGGUGUCAUAACCCCCAAGGCCGGGUUUGAUCCAGAGUACGACCAGGCUGUGACAGGAAUCAAGAGCUGUGAGCGAGAGCUGCAGGACUACCUGGAUAGACAGAAGAAGAGGUUGGGGUGUAAAAGCAUGGCCUAUUGGGGCACCGGCCGAAACCGCUACCAGAUGGAGGUGCCCGAUAGUGUUUCAGAGAGGAACACCCCUGAGGAGUAUGAGCUAAAGUCCACAAAGAAGGGCUGCAAGCGUUAUGUGACAAAAGAGACCGAACGUUUGUUUUCAGAGCUACAGAGUUUUGAGGAGAAACGUGAUGCUGCCCUUAAAGACUGCAUGAGACGGCUCUUCUACAACUUUGACAAGAACUACAGGGACUGGAAGACCAGUGUUGAAUGCAUGGCGGUGCUGGAUGUCCUGCUGAGCUUGUCUCGCUACAGUCAGGGCGGUGAUGGCCCAAUGACCAGGCCACAGGUGUUGCUCCCAGAAACGGAUCAGUUAGCACCUUUCCUUGACCUCACUGCAUCCCGUCACCCCUUGACCAAGACCUUCUUUGGCGAUGACUUCAUCCCAAAUGAUAUUUGUAUUGCCUGUCCUGGUACUGGUGGAAAUGACCAGGAUAAAGUGUGCUCAUGUGUCCUUGUCACGGGGCCAAAUAUGGGUGGAAGUCUACUCUGAUGAGGCAGUGUGGGACUCGUGGUCGUCUUGGCACAGCUCGGUUGCUACCGUCCCUGCUGAGAGCAUGCACUCACACCAGUUGACAGAGUCUUCACUCGGCUGGGAGCCUCAGAUCGCAUUAUGGCUGGAGAGAGCACCUUCUUUGUGGAGCUCAGUGAGACUGCCAGCAUCCUACACCACGCCACCACUCACUCACUCGUGCUUCUGGAUGAAUUGGGAAGGGGUACGGCCACAUAUGAUGGCACUGCCAUUGCCAGUGCUGUAGUAAAGGAGCUGGCUGAGAAGAUCUGUUGUCGGACCCUCUUUUCUACACACUACCACUCCCUGGUGGAGGACUACGCCAACAACCCUGCUGUGCACUUGGGACACAUGGCAUGCAUGGUGGAGAAUGAAUGCGAGGAUCCAAGUCAAGAGACCAUCACCUUCCUGUAUAAGUUCAUCAGUGGGGCUUGUCCAAAGAGUUACGGCUUCAAUGCUGCUCGGCUCGCCAGCCUGCCUGAGGAGGUCAUCCAGUCGGGACACAGGAAGGCCAGAGAGUUUGAGAGGAGUACCAUCAGCCUCAGACUCUUCAAAAAGCUGUGUCAGUUUGCUGAUGAAGCUGCACUCGGCCGCAGUUACUUUGCCUCUCUUGUUGAGAUGAUAGACACACUGUAAUGAACGCACUGCAUUUUCUUU